AUGGCGCCUUCACUUAAUACACACUCAUCUUUUACGCGCCCGCGUACUAGCGACCGUGACGCUCGACCGAGUACGCGCGACCAAGGCGAUACCAAUUUGAUUAUUCCGAGCAGGACUUCGUCUCUUCACUCUCGUAUCACGCAGCCAAUUCCUUCUACGCUCAAUUCAAAGCCUCAACAGCGAACACCGAAGACUCUAACUCAUGCCUAUAUGGUUUGUGGUGUCGGCCGAGAGCCUUCUCAAUGGGUUAAGGCUCCCGCCCCGACUCAAGGAAAGAUUGGCCACAUGAAGGGUGCAGUUGGACAGUUUUGGCUCCCAGAGAUUCUCGGCAGCAGUCCUCGCCUUGAACAGGACAACGAUGUUGCUCGAGCCUUACACGCUGCUAUGAGGGCUUGUUUCCCGCACGAUGUCGAAAUUUGUACUGGCCGCAGUCAACCCCACUGUGUUCACCAUGCGUUUGUUCUCCAGCAGGAUUCAUCUCACACUCUCUAUGGCAUUUGCCUGCGUGUAUGGUCGAGGGCGGACGAGAAGCGAGCAGAGACCAUUAGGGACCUGAGGAAACGAACCGAGACGGAUUAUUACGACAAUGCAGAUGAGACUUACUGGAUUCCCUACUGUUUGUCGUUCCUCUCUCGAUACCCCUUGUACAACCUUCUUGGCGACUACUUGCGAGGGAUGUGGAUUCACUGGAACAAGGCCACCAAUCUCUUCCACGCCGAAGAGGUAUCGCGAAUUCUCAGUUUUCCCGCGCCGAGAUUGAAUGACCUGGUCCGCAUAGACAUGAAGGAUUACGCUCUCUGCUACCAGUUCCCUUCGUCCCCUACAGGUUUCCAAAACUUCGCUAUGUGGCCUUUGUGGACUUGUCUUUCAGUCCCAAACAUUGUUGGUGUCAUCGAAGCGGCUAUAUCCCCUACUAGGCGCAUCAUAUUUGUCAGCCAUUAUCCCGCGAUGUUGACAAUGGCUGCUGAAGCUAUUCGUUUCUGUGUUCGAGUCUAUGAAUGGAGCGGCCUUUAUGUACCGGUUGUUCAUGCUCGCCACGCUAAGGAGUUAGUAGAGGAGCCGGGCCCGUACAUCCUGGGUGUUACCGCGGAAUGCAGGUCUCUUUUCACUGCCCCGAAUGAUGCCCUUGUUGUUGAUUUAGAUCGCAACUUUGUAUUGACAUCUAGCCCCCCGACUGCCCUCAACGCAAACCAGCGCAACAAGUUUGUGACGCGACUAACACAAGCUUUAAAUGGUGAUGUCACGCCUUCUGGCGUUCCUCAACAUUUGCGUUCCGCUUAUGGUGGUGGAAAGUUGGUGCCCGCUGGUCAAAUUAUUGUCAUGCGCGGUGAAGUCGAGUCUAUUCAAGAUCCCGAGUGGUGGAACCAGGAUGCUGUAAUGGCCGUAAUGGACCACGUCUGUGAGAAGAUGGGUCGUAACACGGGUCUGAAGGCUGUAUUUGGUGGCUCCGUCAAGAAGCCCUUAAUGACGAAGGUUUCGAUGCGACAUCUGAACGAGAUUGUUCGAGAACGCAACCAAUAUUCUCGUGACGCCCUAGAAGCAUGGCAAGAUUUCAUCAACCUUAAGGGUCGUAUGGACACAGAGCUUAGCAAAGUUACGAAGCGGAAUAACUACCUUGUGGAAGAGUUGGAGAGCUGGAAGCAGCAGUUCCUCAAAUUCCAGGCAUUUGCUGAGACGCUUACUAAAGAGACUCAAGACUUGAAAACCAAGAUUGAGACUCAUAAGAGGGAGAACAGGAGACUCGGUGGCCUCAUUGACCAACAGAAGGACGACAACGCCCGUCUUUCAGUUCGCCUUACUGGCACUGAGAAGCAGCGAGACGACGCCCUCGAAGCGCUUGUUCUUCAACAGGAGAUCGCCGAAGAGCUUGAGAGGGAGCGUAAGCGAAACAAGAAGGAAUUGGCCGCCCUUCAGCACACUAAUGUCACUAUUGUGCGACAACGUGACGAAGCACGUCGUGUUGUCUUACACCUGCGCAGCUUGAUUGGUGGACAAUCCCACCACAUGGAGCACUUAGUUCAGUCGCUAACUACACGCGACGACUUGGCCGGUGAGAUUGAAGAGGGCUUCGACGAGGAGGAAGAGCAGCAAGAUGGUCAUAUGUUGAAGAACCCUAGCCGAGGAAGCAAACGCCUCUCUACCGCCAGCUUUACCGACGUAGCUGACCGACAUCUCAAAGACAAGACUGAUGCCAUCUCUCACAUUAUUAGGAAUAUUGCAGAGCAGUGUCAGGCCGCUGUUGAGGGUCUCCAGCUAGCUCAAGAUGCCGAAAUCGAGUCAUCCAGGUCACCCCGACGGGCAAGCAACCUAUCUUCGCUCCACAGUGACGAUGGUCACUCGGCUGCUUCUGAAGUUGGCGAUGACAGCCAUCUACACCCUUCUGGGCGUGCGUCUAGUAUUCCCCCGACCCCGGACUUGAUUCCAAACCGAAGCAGUACAGCCAUGUCUAUGGCAUCGACUAUGACGACCCCCGAGCGAUCGAGCCAGCAGUACAGCAUCCACAACGACAUUCCCACUAAGAUUGUCGAGGAUGACGAAGAUGACUUGGCUGAGCGAAGCGAGAGCGAGACGAUAUCACAGGAGCCCGGCCUGGUUGGUAAACACGCCUCAAGCCUCAUCCACCGCCCAUCCGGUGCUAGAAUUAGUGCCCUCGGCGGUACCCGCUAA